CCUGGAUUUUGCCUCCAUAAUCAUUGUAAAUCUACCAGCUAGCGUGUUGUUAUGCUAAGGACUUAGUCGCGUUCUCUUGUUUAUAUCAUCAGUUGACAGUUGUACAAUAUUCCCUGAUCCUGGCGUAGAUCGCUGAGAAAUUGCUGGCUAUAUGCGUGCAUAACAGUUUGUUACAAUCGCAACAGUUUUGCUGUGGUACACGGCAGUAGUCUGCGAAAUUCAGUGCCUAUCAUAACUUACUUAGACCGGCAGUACGAAAUCUUCAGACAAUUCCUCAGUAAUCCACUCCAUACGCUGUACGCUACACACACACAUGUGCUACUGAAUAAACAGCAUCCCCAGGAGAACAUGUUUGCUUCAAAGUUAUAUGGCAAUCUCAGCAAGACAUUGAGCAAGUUUGCUCAGCGUGGUUAUGCUGUGAGUGUACAAGUACAAAGCAUGGUAGCCCAGUCAACCUGCCGAUCAACGCUAUGUUGUGUUGCUAGCAAGAUGACUCAGACAUCACCACAGUCCAGGCAGUCAGUCAGUAGUAGGUGGAGAUCAGAUCAGCCUGGUCGUCAACCCACUACAGUACGUGAUGCCUAUGAUGCCGUUGAGUCAAUAUUUGACAGCAUCGUGACUAAGCGCACGUUUCAACCUAGUGAGCUGAUCUCCCAAUGUUCUCUUAUCCAACGACAUGCGAAUGAACUACGGUACCCAAGCAAGAUCAAGGCUAUCCUGCACGCAUGUGCUCUUAUCACAGAGGAGAACACUGACGUAACCACAUUGGCAGUAUCUUCACUAAAUCAACUAGCCACCCUACCUACUGGUGUCUGGCAAGACUACAGGCAUCAACCCAAACUCAGAUGGUCAGUGCACUGGGCUGCAAAGUGUCAAUGCAUGACUCCAGAAUUCAGGAAGUUAUUAGCACAGCAACUAGAUGUCCUGCGUCUUGAUCAAUGUAGAGAAGUUGAUCAGUGGUCUCACGCACUGUUCAUGUUAAAUUCACCCGACCGUUGCCUGGCCCAAAACGUGAUGAAUCGCUAUUUGACCAUACACAGGUCAGGUGAUCCCAAGCAUCGUCAUACUGAAGUACUCGGACUACUUCUCUACUGUACGCUGUCUGGUGUAGAGUGCAGUGCCUUGAUGAAGCUGAUCAGUGUUGAUCAUCUGAUACAAAAAUGCGAGCCUCGCCAUCUGCAACUGCUAUAUUUGCAGAACACCCUCCCUGUCACUAACGACCAGCGGCUGCAGAUAAUGGACAGGUGUUUAGUGCGGUUCCAGAAGGAUGUGACAAGUCAGCAUUCAGGUCGAAUGUAUGAUAUGCUGUCAUACUUCAUUGGCCCAAAGUACACCACUGGCAUAUCUCUGGUUGAUGGUGUGAAAGUUCAGGCAUUAUGCAUAUUCAACCAAGACCAUGAACCAGUGGAGACUGAUGCUUAUCCAGCUGAUGUAUACAAUGGUGUAUCAGUAGAUAUGACUGCAGCUACGCGUCAUGGUUUCAGUGUUGUGGCCUGUCUGGGUGUGAGUGACACUCAGUUACUACGUCAUCCUGUACGUACGCCUGACGGAUAUAAUACUCUGCGAGUAUUGGCACUGAAAUCUCAAGGAUGUUAUGUUAUUCCGGCGGUACUCAAAUAUGGCGCUCGGCACUCUCAGAAAAGCAGCCACGUUAUCCCGGAUUUGCUGAUCAAUUAUCCUCAUCACAUCACCGUGUUCAAAGACCUGUUAUCCUCCAAGCAGUGAUGAAUAUACACACUGAUGUCAUAGUCUACAUGAUGAUAUCUCUGAACAGCAGAAUACUAAGCCGAAUUUGUGCAGGAAGUCUGUUAUUUCAUGUGAGAUUAUGAGGUCCAAUUUGUGAUUGAAAUUUUGAUGUCUUCGAUCCUUUCCCGUUUCUCUGCUGAGCUGAACACUGAGGAAGUUGGUGCUGAGUGUUGUUUCAUCUCACUCUGUUGGCUGAGUACUUGAGUAGCUGAGUAACUGAGUAUUUGAGUAACUGAGUACUUGAGUACCUGAGUAACUGAGUAAUUGAGUAACUGAGUAACUGAGUAUGGAUGUGAGAGUGUAGUGCUUCUAUUACUAGUGCAGUAUGCAUGUUGAUACGGUGUUUUCCAAAUCAAGGUAUUGUUGAGUUUGUGUUUGUGUGUUUGUGUUCCUGUGUAUUCUAUUACCAUUUCUUUUCUUUGGCAUCAGCGUCUUCCAGUUUUGAUUUCCGUUUACUAACACUCAGCAUAUGCGAAAUUAUCAAUCAUUUGAUUGACUGUGACGCGAAAAUGCAAAUAAUAAUAGUAUUUUAAAUGUAUUUUCUUUGGUGCAUGUACAUACAGUGCGUAUCGGUUAUAGUGUGGUCGUAUACAAGAAUAUACUGCUUACAAGAAUGAACACUCAUUUUUUCAUAAUCAUAACACAUAUUUUAUGUGUAUAUUUAUUCUUGCAAGCAGUAUUAUCGCGUAGUAGAAUAUAUCAGCCCUAAGAAUGGAUUUUGUGUAGCAAAAUAUGCCAGAUUAGUGCAAAGUGUAUCGCCUGUAGUAAUAAAAUCUGUGCUCUGUGCAUACUCAAUACAAUAAUAUUCAACACAAAAAGAGAGUUAUGUCCAAGGGA